AUGGUUGAAUCACCUUCAGAUAGGCCUCCCUCCAUCAUCGUUCACCUAAUACGCCAUGCCUCGUCAAACCACUGGGAAGGAGGACUUGACUUUGGCUUGUCUUCUAAAGGAGAACGCCAAUGUGACGAGCUCUACGAAAGUAUGCGAAAACACGCAGGCUAUAUUACUCAUAUUUUCUGUUCGCCUAUGAAACGCUGCUUAGAAACUGCUCGAAAGGGUCUCCUUGAGGCGACGAACAGGGGCACCAGGAUCCAAAUCAUGCCUGCUCUUGCCGGUCGGAAUGGUCAAGCACCCUGGAAUUUACGAGAGGAAAACCAGGAAAAUGAUAUCAGUGGUCCUUGGGUCAGUGAGGUAGCAGAUCCUAGGUCAAAGUCCAAGGAUGCUGAUUUUGUUAUGAAAUGGUUGACAGGGAAAGACUUGUCUGUGCAGGCAGCUCAAAAAGUAUUGGAGGUUGUGGUUAGAAAUUCUCAACAAGAUUGGAAAAAACAAAUUGUAGAAGCAGCUCAUGAAGAGCAAAGAAAACAAGAGGAAAAAACCAAGAAAGAGCAGGAAGAGAAAUUGGACAAACAAAAGCGGGAGUUAUUGAAGAUACAAGAUUUCAUGCUCAUGGUUGAUCGCGAAACCGAUGAAAUCGUUACAUUCGGGAGGUUCCAAGAACUACUUAAGGAGCGAUAUGCAAAAGAAUUCUCAUCAGCAGCGGAGUCUGUUGGAAAGAAACCGAAGCCUGUUGCGAAGAAAUUGAAGCCAAUUAAAGGGAAAGUGAAAGCGAAGGCUGCUUUAGAAAAAUCCGAGCCUGUUGCCAAGAAAAGAAAACGAGGAUGA